CGUCUUUACCGUUAGUUCCGUCAAUGUCAUCCCCAGAAACGAAGAGGAAGAGUAAGAGGAAGAAGAAGACAACGCCGCCUACGAAUACGCCAAAGAAGAAGAAGAGGACGAAGCAGUCAACGCCGGAAUCGGCCCUAAUCCCUUCACUUCCCGAUGAUUUGGCAUUGAGCAUCGUCGCACGCGUCUCAAGAUUGUACUAUCCGAUUCUAUCCCUCGUCUCCAAGAGCUUUCGAUCUCUCGUAGCUUCACCGGACCUUUACAAGGCCAGGUCACUCUUGGGCACCACCGAGAGUUGUCUCUAUGCGUGCUUCAACUGCUUGUCUGGUUUUCGUUGGUUCACCCUCUGCCGGAAACCUGAUCAUCAUCAAACCCUAACCAACAAUGAGGAGGAGGAGGAGGAGAAGAAGAAGACAUCAACAACAACAACAACAACAACAAGUGGGUAUGCUUUGGCUUCAAUCCCAAUCCCCAAUACCCCUUAUUCGGAAUUUGCGAGUAUGGUGGCGGUUGGUUCUGAAAUCUACAACAUUGGCGCAGAACAACCCGGGAAAUCCCCCUCCUCUAGCGUCUUUAUUCUGGAUUGCCAGUCUCACACGUGGCGCACGGCUCCAAGCUUGCCGGUGGAGCUGUAUACUGUCUCUGUUGGCGUCAUCGAUGGAAAGAUUUAUGCCACAGGAUUAUGCGAUGAUGACGAUCCCAAUAAUAAUUUGAAGUUGAAGAAUUCACUCUCGCUUUUCGACCCAAAAACACAAGCUUGGGAUCCUCAGCCCCUCCCCUGCCGUCAGACAGUCGGUACGUUUUCCCGCCACAGCGCAUCUAUUGACGGAAAGUUACAUGUGGUGGCUCAUAAAAUGAUGGCUGUUUACGAUGUCAAGGAAUCUAAAUGGGACGUACUCUCUAAUCGAUCAAUGUAUUAUGGCAUGGUUCCUAAUUCUUAUUGCCAGAUAGAUAAUGUUGUCUACUCGGCUUCUCCGGAAUCAUUCAGAUGGUAUGACAUCCAGGCAGGAAGGUGGAGAGUUUUGCAGGGUUUGGUUGGACUACCCACGUUUCGUCGUGAUUCUGUUUUUAGAUUGGCUAAUUUUGGUGGAAAGCUAGCUGUUAUGUGGUGGCAGACGAUCUCUCUUUAUACCGGUAAGAAGAAGAUUUGCUGUGCGGAGAUUGCGCUUGAAAGGCGCAGCAGCAGCGCAACUUGUGAAAUUUGGGGGAAAGUUGAGUGGUUUGAUCAUGUGCUUACCCUUACAGCACAUGCAUUUGAUGAAUUCAUCAGUAUUAUUGCUGCUACCGUUUGAUGGAUGGAUGUGUCGCAAGGCUUCAACUGUUGUUCUUUUUGGUUAUUUGGAAUGUGAGUGUUCUUUUUUAAGUGUAUGUGAUAGACCUUCCAAUCCCAUAUACAUAUGGGAGAAGAAAAGAAGAGAACAAAUUAAGGAAACCUGGGAGAUGGAAUUGAGUCAGUGAGGAGUCACGUGGGGGUAAGGAGGCUCACCUGUAACUAAGUAUUAUUGAGCUUUGAUUUGUACUUGUUUAGUUUUAUUUACAUCAGUUCGU